AUGGAAUUUUUAGAAUUUCUCAACCGUUACUUAAAACUUUUUCCUAAAGCAACACCUGAACAAGUUAACGAAGUCUUUCAAAUUAGCAUCUAUGUACCUCUUUUACUGAAAAAAAGAAAGUGGUUUGUUAACAGUACAAUCAAGCCAGAACAUCAUAAUGAUGUCUAUUUCGUAGACCCAACGGAGAUGAACUAUAGAUUAAUCAAACUGGUUUAUUGUGAAGAAUAUGUGUUAUUAUAUAGUUCGCACACUUUUGGAAAAUCCACCCGAUCACUGCGAGCUAUGAAACAGCUGAGCAAAUAUUGUUACAUUUGCAUCUACGUGACUUUAGAUGAUCUCGAAUUUGAUGAUGUAACAAGCUUCUGGAGAUCUUUUGAAAGUGCCGAUCAGUUUGGGGAGGCUUUUUUGAAAAUGAGUAACCUUUUAUCAUUGAAGGAAAAAAAUAUGAAUUUACUCGACAAGCCUUUUAUUAUCUUCAUCGAUGAAUUCGAUAUAUUGCUUUCCCCUCGAUACGAAGCUUUGUUAUCCUUCAAUAUUCGUGAUUCUUUCAGUAAUCCAAACUUCACAAAAGAUCAAGUAAAAAUCCUAUACAAAGAAUUUAUGGAUGAAUAUGAAAUUGAAAUUGAAGAGCAAGUCAUUGAAGAUAUAUAUGCACAGACAAAUGGACAUGCUGGCCUUGUAAACCUUUGCGAACCAAAAUAUGGCACGUUUGACAGGUUAAUUAAAUCUCUUUCAAGUUCUGAUGUAUCUGAAGCUUUAGAUCUUCUGCGUACCCAUUUCUUGAUAUCUCUUGAUGUUGAGGAUAUCACAAAUACUACUGACAUUAAGCUAGCUGAAUUCUUGAUAAGUGAAGGUGUCCUUCGGAAUAAUGAUACCAUAGACACUUUGAAGGUCUUGCAAAAGGCUAUUAAUUUUUUUGACAAAUGUAUCCUUAAACGGGCAUCUGCUUUAUCAUACAAAAUAGCCCUUAUGAAAGUAAAUAAAGAAACCAAAGUAAAAGUUUCUCGCGAAAGCGUUUAUGACACUGAAUUAAGUAGAAACCUGAUAAAUUGGUUAAGUAAAGAAAGAAGGUUUGAAGUAGUUGAUCAAUGGCACUUGUCCAAACCUCUUCCAAAUGGAGAAUAUGAACAUAACUACAGCGACAAACAAAGAGUUAGCAGAAAUUUUGAUCGAGCGCUCACUUAUGCAGAUCAACUUUCUGCAGGCGAGAAGUGGGUAGUUCAUUUCACGUGUUGCGAGAAUCACAUUGCAAAUCCUUUAUGGCCGACCAAGGAAGAGUUAGAAAAAGGCCUUCAAGUUGUAAUAGUCUGGCACGAUUUGGACUUUAUGACAGUUCGUAUGGUUGCAUAUUUGUGGGAUGAGGAAUAUAAAAUGGUACAUGUCACUGAGGUUGAGGAGUUUAAAUGGGAUUUGUAG